AUGGAAAGAUUUCCGGCAAGAAACCAUUAUCGAUACAAACGUCAGUUUGAUACCUCAAAUACACCGCAAAUUGAUUUGAACAUCACAGUGCCAUAUGUCUUCAGUGCAAGAUUGUAUCCAUUCGGUGAAGCCAAAGGUGAUCAGAUUCUUGCAGGCUCCUCACAAAUCAUUAAACUGAGCAGAUCAUUUAAAUUUCUUGGCAAAGAAUAUGACGCUGUUAAUAUUCGACGUGACGGAGCAAUUGGUUUAUCAGCGGUACCGAUGAAACCCUCAAAACUACCAUCCCCGCAACCGGUAAUAGCGGUGUAUUGGAUGCCGGCACAGGGUGGAAAAGUGCACUACAGAGAAUCAAAUGAUUCAUCAAUUUUGCAUUUAGUGGAAAAUGAAGUAAACAUCCAAUAUCGUUACGGAUCAGCAUUUAAACCCAACGCGGUACUUAUUGUUACUUGGGAAAAUACUCAUGAGAUUACAGAACCUAAUUUGGAAGGUAAUUCAUUUCAAGUGGCACUGAUUAUGAGUGAUAGUGGAACGUUUGCGCAUAUCGUUUAUAAAAAAUUGAAUGCUAAUAAAAAUGCUGUGGCAGGUUUUAGCGGUUUAGACGGUCAUUAUUCGUUGCCCGGUUCAGGGUCACAAGAGGCAAUACAACUGGCCGAGAAAAGCGAUAUCGGUAUACCGGGAGAAUUCCUGUUUCGAAUUGAUUCCGAUCAAGUGUUUCUUUGUGGUGCUGGAUACAAAGGAGAAGAAUGCGCUGAAACUUGUGCAAACGCAGAAUGGGGUCUUGAUUGUACCAGACAAUGUCACUGCAAUGGUGGCGCACAAUGUAAUGCUGAAACAGGAGCUUGUCCAGGUGGAAAAUGUAAUCCUGGUUGGACUGGGGCACCAAUUUAUGUAGACGAAUGUGCAGAAAAAGGUGACCUCUGCCCCCAAGAGCAACCAGAUUGUGUGAAUACUGCUGGCGCAUACUUAUGUAUUUGUUAUGAAUAUGAUAACAUCACUAAUGCAUGCAAAGGUACAUUACCCCUCAAAAGCGGAAAAAGUGAACCAAUAGCAGUGAAUAUUAUUCCAGUGCAACCUGUGCUGGCAUCCACGACAGUUGCGCCCAAUACUCAAAUAACAAAACGUCCUACUACAACAACUCAGUGGUCAACACUGAGUACUUCAUUAAAUGACUCUAUAACUGUCCAAUUUACUCCUCUUCCUACUAAAAAGACAAUUUUGGAUAUCACCUCACUAAGCUGUCAUUGUGAUCAAAAUGCAGAAUGUAUCGGAAGAGUGUGUAAGUGUAAAUCCGGUUGGACCGGUGAUGGCAAAUCUUGUAUGGAUAUCAAUGAAUGCUUCGGUGAGCCCAGUGUUUGUGGUGCUCAUGCGCUGUGCGAAAAUAGUCCAGGCUCAUAUAGCUGUCAGUGUAAUAUUGGAUAUAUAUUUGACAGUAAUGGAAAAUGUGUUGAUUUGGAUGAAUGUGCCGAAGGAAUUAUUGUAUGCAAUGGCAAUAAGAAUAGCUCGAUUUGCGUGAAUACAGACGGAAGUUAUGAAUGUCGAUGUGCUCCCGGUUAUGCCGGUAGUCCGGAUAGUCCGCACGGUUGUGUGGAUGUGAAUGAGUGCCAACUAUCGGACUUUUACUGCGGUGAGAAAGGAGUUUGCAAGAAUUUAGUGGGCAGUUAUGAAUGCGAGUGCGCGGAUGGUUUUCAACGUGACCAAUACACGGGACAAUGUGUUGAUAUCGAUGAAUGCAAGUAUGAUCCGUGUGAUAAGGCAGCAAUAUGUACAAACUUACAUGGAUCCUUCCGAUGCGCCUGCAUGGACGGAUUUGUUGGUAAUGGGGUCGAAUGUCACGAAACGAUUCUCUUCCCGGUCGAUAAUCCAACACUUAAAGUACUUGCUCGGGUGAAUGCUGUUGCUGAUUAUCUUAUGGAUAGACCUCUCCAACUUUUUGGCCGAAAUUAUCGUACUCUUUAUAUUUCAUCAAAUGGUGGGAUAAGUUUUGGAGAGCCGCUUCCAUUAAAACUUGAUGGCAAUGUUCGUUUUCCAGCAUUUUUGCCACUUUAUCAGCACUAUACCUUUCAUGAUAGCUCAAAAGUCGUUCUGAAAGUCAUUGAUGACACCGAUCCAAAAGAUUAUACAUUGUUGGCUCGUCUAUCUCUCAGUGUAAAUAACAAAUUUCAUCAGAAAGAUUUUCGCACACGUUCAUUGUUUAUCAUUUCAUAUGAUCAUAUGUUAGAAAUUGAUACUGAUCAGGAAAAUUCAUUCCAAGUGAUAAUAGCGCAAGGCGAUAAUGCAACAUUUGUUAUGUAUUUGUUUGAACAGAUUGAAUCAGACAGCGGCCUGAGUGGCUUUUCAUCUGGGGUGGAAUUUUUUGAAUUGCCUUUUGAAAUGUUGGCUAAUCGAUCGAAUAUUGGAGAGCAAGGGAAGUGGCUAUUCCGAGUUGAUGGAGUUCUACCAUUACAUUGUCCGGGUGGUACAUUGGAUCCACCACUAUGCCAGAGAGAGUGCGAUGCAGGUACGUGGGGAUUCCGUUGCGAGAAUAAAUGUCACUGCCGUAAUGAUAUUCCAUGUGAUUUUGCGACAGGCUUCUGUUCCAAUGCUCAAUGCGCAGAUGGUUGGACUGGUGUUAAUUGCUUCGAAGAUGUGAAUGAAUGUAUUACGGAAAGACAUAAUUGUUCACCGAAAGCGACAUGUAUAAACGAAAUCGGGACGUACCGGUGCAAAUGUAAUGAACUUUUCAUGGGUGAUGGCUUCACAUGCAAACAGAUGGAUGCUUGUUAUUUACGAUAUAAAGAAAAGUGUUCGGUAAAUGCCGCAUGUGAUGAAAAAUCUCCGGAAGGACCGGAAUGUGUUUGUAAUGAUGGCUAUCAUGGUGAUGGCUUGAAUUGUCUCAGAAUUAAUGCUCCAAUAGAGGAAGCAAUAACGCCAAUCAUGGAUAAUGCAAUUACGAAUGUACCACUCGGAAUACCCAAGAGUGUUGAGAUAGAUAGUGAUAUGGAUGAAACACCAUUCUUGAUGCAUAAUUGGGUCAAUGAACCGGUAAACACUGAAUUAGCGGUACAGAAAGACCACAAAGAAAUAAAUAUGAAAGUAAGUACAACGACUACUCCACCUUUCGCCAAAGAUUACAGUGAUGUCGGGAAUGAACUUUACGUCGGUGGUAAAACAAUUGAGGAAACGGAUAGCAGUAGCACCUUGUUUAUUGUGGUGCCGGUAGCCCUAUGUGCUUUGUGGUCUAUCAUUAUCGUUGUUGUUCUCGCUGUAUGCUGCCGAAAAAAGAGGAAGUUAUCGUCGCCGUUAAUGUUCCAAGAUCCGGUAAGUAUGGCCGGUUGGAGGAAGCCGCCGCAAGUUCUGAGUACAUAUCCCACCCAUUUCACUGCUCAAUACUAG